ACUCAUGUCUUAUUUUUCCUGGAUUCCUGCCUACCUUGACUCAAAGUUUCAUAGGACGAUUCAACGCCCUUAGCAAUCUGCCAGCUAUAGCAAGAGGUAUCUAAGGAGGCACAGGAGGCGCCUGAAGGUCUCUUUUUUUACACUCAGUAGCAGCUCAACUGGACUGUUGCUGGAAACUCUCCCCUCUGUUCUCUCUGGCUCCCUUUCUGACUCCAAGUCAACCCUCCUGCUGCUCCUGCUGCCACUGACUCAACUGAACCUGAGAUACCAAAUACCAGGACUUCUGAUUUAGUUCUGGGGCUGGGGUGGGAAAUAAACCAAGGAGAAAGGGGGGGAAACACCCACCAAACAAAAGCAGGGAUUCCCAUCUGGAGGCUGCGGAGACGUCCUGCAAGGGUUCCAGAAGUUGGGACUUCUUCCGAAACACACUUGCUGAGACAUCAUUCUGCUCGGUUAGGUGUAUGGGACUUAACUUCUACAAGCACUGAAUUCUAAAGCAAAAGCAUGACCACUUUACUACUAGCCUUUGUGUGUUUGCAAGUCAUCACUGCAGCCAGCUCUGUGGAAGUUUUAGAUCAUGGUGCCACAUUGAGUGUGAGCAUACCUUUACAUUCCCCCUUGCGCGUCCCCCUUGGAAAAACUCUGACCAUUCCCUGUUACUACAUUGACACACUGGAGCACGUCACCACCUCUCCGUUCACACCCCCUCUGUCCCCGAGAAUCAAAUGGAGCAAGUUAUCCGAGGACAAAGAUGUGGUCUUGUUGGUGGCCAUGGAUGGCCAUGUGAGAAUCAACACUGCAUACAAGGAGGUGGUUUCUUUGCCCAACUACCCCGCCAUACCCACCGAUGCCACCCUGGAAAUCAAGACGCUUCGGUCCAACGAUACCGGGAUCUACCGCUGUGAAGUGAUACAUGGCAUUGAGGACAGCCAGGACACAGUGGAGGUCAAAGUAAAAGGAAUCGUGUUCCAUUAUAGAGCCAUCUCCACCCGAUACACUUUGGACUUUGAGAAGGCCAAGCAGGCAUGUAUCCAGAACAGUGCGGUCAUUGCAACCCCUGAACAGCUCCAGGCUGCCUAUGAUGAUGGCUUUGACCAGUGUGAUGCUGGCUGGUUGUCUGAUCAGACCGUCAGGUACCCAAUGCACCAUCCACGUGAAGGUUGUUAUGGUGACAAGGAUGAAUUUCCUGGAGUGAGAACAUAUGGCGUUCGAGAAACAGAUGAGACAUAUGAUGUGUAUUGUUAUGCCGAUGAAAUGAAAGGUAAAGUCUUCUAUGCCACUUCCCCGGAGAAGUUCACCUUCCCAGAAGCUGCAGAGAAAUGCCAUAGCCUUGGUGCCCGUUUGGCCACAACGGGAGAGUUGUACCUUGCCUGGAAAGAUGGCAUGGAUGUUUGCAGCGCCGGCUGGCUGGCGGACCGCAGCGUUCGGUAUCCCAUCAACAAGGCACGGCCCACUUGCGGUGGCAACUUGGUGGGAGUUCGCACGGUGUACCUCUAUGUCAACCAGACAGGGUAUCCUUACCCCCACUCGCGCUACGAUGCCAUCUGCUAUACUGAUGGUGACUUGGGUACAAUCAUCCAUGAAAACUUCACCGAUGUGAUCAUAGAUGAACUGGGCAGUGGCUUCACCAUCCAGACAGUCACCGAUGUUGACGUAGAGCUGGAAUUUCCACGAAAUGUAACAGAGGAAGAAGCCCGGGGAAGCAUCGCAACCUUGGAGCCAAUAGAUUUUACAGCCACUGCCUCAGAGGUGGAGGAAGGCUUCACGGCCACUCCUGAUCUCUUUGCUACUAUUGGCUUUGUGAAUGAGACGGAGAAUGCGACUGAGGUAGGAAUUUGGGAGGACCUCGAAAACGCCACUGUUUCAGUCCUGGAUGUCCUUUUCACCACGGAGACCCCAGAGGUGAGCUCAGUAGAAGAGACCUUGUGGGCUACCGAAACACCAGGGCCGGAGUCUGCCUUGCCAUUCACCGUGGAGGAGGAGAUCGUGCCAUGGACAGCUGCUCCUGACAUUGCCCUCGUUCCCAGCCAGCCCAUUUCACCUACAGGUGUUAUCUUUCAUUACCGACCAUCCACCAACAGAUACUCCCUGACCUUUGUCAAAGCUCAGCAAGCUUGCCUGGAUAAUCAUGCUGUCAUUGCCACUCCUGAACAACUACAGGCCGCCUAUGAAGAUGGCUAUGACCAGUGUGAUGCUGGCUGGCUGAGGGACCAGACGGUCAGGUACCCCAUUGUGUUUCCCCGAAACAAAUGUGAAGGUGACAAGGAAGACAUCCCAGGGGUGCGGACAUAUGGUAUGCGCCCCGCAUCGGAGAUGUUUGAUGUAUACUGCUAUAUUGAUAAACUGAAUGGUGAGGUCUUCUUUGCAACCCAGCUGGAGCAGUUUACCUUCCUGGAAGCCCAAGAAUACUGUGAGAGCCAGAAUGCCACUCUGGCUUCUGCUGGACAACUGUAUGCUGCCUGGAAACUUGGCCUAGACAACUGCCGUGCCAGCUGGCUGGCUGACGGCAGCCUCCGAUACCCCAUCGCCAACCCCCGUCCUGGAUGCGGUGGGGACAAACCUGGAGUGAGGACCAUCUACUUGCACCACAAUCAGACGGGGUUCCCUGACCCGCAAUCAAAGCAUCAUGCCUUUUGUUUUAAAGCUCUGCCAUCCCUGUACGAAGACAUAGAAGAGGAUCUCAUUUCAGCUCAGCUGGUCCCUGGAGUCGAGGAAGUCCCUUCUGGGGAAGAAACAACCGUGGAAAUUGAGUUUGCCACUGACUCUGAAAAUCAGACUGAGUGGGGGGCAGAAGUAUUUCCAACAAAUAUGUCAUUGCUAACUGCAAGUCCAUCGGCCGUUCCUACUAUUUAUGAAAUACCUGAAGAAACAAGUGCAGAAGCUCCAAUAACAGAGACAUCUGUCUCUGGAUGGACCUCUGGAGUGCCAGAUAUAAGUGGAAUCCCUGAAAUUAGUGGAGAACCUUCAGGAUUUGGAGAAAGUGGAUUUCCUUCUGGAAUCCCAGAUUUAAGUGGACUUCCUUCUGGAGAGAGUGGACUCCCAUCAGGAGAUACAAGUGGCCUUUCUUCUGGCAUUAUUGAAGUCGUCUUAUCUUCUGGUGAUGAAGAAUUAUCAGGAAUUGGCCCAGAAAUCCACCAACGAAUUCCUGGACUUCAAGAAGGCAAAGGGAUCCCAGAAAUCAGUGGAUUGCCUUCUGGAAUGAGUGGAGAAGGAUCUGGCACUGAUCUUUUCAGUGGUUUGCCAUCCGGAGAAUAUGAUUACAGUGGUUUGACAUCUGGAUUCCCUACUGUGUCUCUUGUGAAUGCCACUUUGGUGGAAGUUGUAACCACAGCAACGGAAAGAGAAAUGGAAGGGAAAGGGACAAUUGGAGUCAGUGGAGAUGGAGACUUAUCGGGCUUUCCAUCGGCUGAGUGGGACAUUAGUGGAUUGCCCUCAGGAGUAGAUGUCAGUGAAAUCCCUGACAUCAGUGGGCUGUCCUCCGGACUUGAUAUCAGUGGGGAGCUAUCCGGGAUACCAGAUAUCAGUGGAUUAUCAUCAGGACUUGAUAUCAGUGGACAAUCCUCUGGUCUACCAGAUAGCAGUGGGUUAUCCUCAGGAAUUGACUUCAGCGGAGCGCCUUUGGGGAUACCUGAUCUAAGUGGUUUUGUGGACUUAAGUGGUCGAGGUUCUGGAACUGAUGAAAGUGGCGAGACUUCAGGAGUUACCUUCAUAGAUUCUAAUUUAUUUGAAGUGACAACGACUUCUUCAACUAAAGAAGAAGAAGGGAAGGGAUUUGUAGAAAUAAGUGGAUUGCCUUCGGGAGAUGAAGAUCUAUCAGGCACAGUGUCUGGAAUUUGGGAUGUGAGUGGUCAACCUUCUGGACAAAUAGAUUACAGUGGAUGGAUUUCAGGAGUCCAUGAAGGCAGUGGAAUUCCAAGUGGACUAACGGACAUGAGUGGGGAAAGUUCUGGUGUGAGCCUCACCAGUGGUUUGUCAUCUGGAAUUUAUGAUUAUAGUGGGCUCUCAUCUGGAUUUCCUACAAUCUCUCUUGUGGAUACAACUUUGGUGGAAGUUGUAACACAGCCAUCUGUUGCCCAAGAAUUAGGAGAAGGGACAUCUGGGAUCUUAGAAGUCAGUGGUUUCCCUUCAGGAGAGAGGGAAACAUCUGGAGAAAUAUAUGGUGUGACAACAGCUAGUGGAUUACCAUCAGGGACAUUUGACAUCAGCGGAACAUCAUCAGGUGUUCCAUAUUUUAGUGGAGAAGUUGCAGUUGUCACUGAUAUAAAUGGAGAGUCUUCAACUGUAGGUAGUACUAGUGGUGAUGCUUCUGGACUCCCAGAAAUCACCUUAAUGACUUCGGAUCUAGUAGAAGCUGUAACAAGUCCAGCAGUUUCACAGGAACUGGGAGGAGGAACAGAGGCCACAUAUUUUCACUUUACUGACUCAAGUGGAGAAGCCUCCACAGCUAGUGGAGAGACUUCUGCAUAUCCUGAAAGUACCCUAAAAUCUCCUGAAUAUCAUGAUAUUAGUGGUGAAACUUCCACAUUCCAUGAAACUGGCGUUGAAACUUCAACUGUUCAUGAACUGAGUGGUGAAACAUCAGCCUUGCCAGAAAGUCACUUAGAAGUGUCAACCAUUUACGAAGUAGAUAGUGAAACCUCUGCAUUGCCUGAAAGCUACUCAGAAACAUCUGGAGUACCUUCGGUCAGUGGCUUGCCCUCGGGGGAAUUUGAAGAGAGGAGCCAGAUCCAUGGGGAUAGUUCAGGGCCACCUCCUCAUCCAGUCUCAGAUGGUCCAGAGAAAGACCUGUUGCCAGAUGCUGAGUUAAUAGAACACACCAAGGAUCUAUCAGAGGCUUAUGAGGAUGUGAUACCAGAGUCAGAAAGAGAAGAUGCAUCUAUUUCAGAGGCUUCACCAAUGCCUCCUGCUGCCACAGAUGCCCUGCCUGAAGUUUCACCCCAUGUGACAGAUGAAACAGAGCCAAUGACACAAGUUACAUCCAAGACAUGUGAAGAGAAGCCAUGUGGAGUGGGAACUUGCCAGGAACAAGAAGGGAUCGUCACUUGCUUGUGCCCACCUGGAUAUAUGGGUGAUCACUGUGACAUAGACGUUGAUGAGUGCCACUCCAGACCCUGUCUGAAUGGAGCUACCUGCGUCGAUGGCGUCCACAAUUUCACAUGCUUAUGCCUUCCCAGCUACGGAGGGGAUCUCUGUGACAUUGACCUGGCAGAAUGUGAAGUGGGUUGGACCAAAUUCCAAGGCAACUGUUACAAGCAUUUCGAAGAGAAACACACCUGGGUGGAUGCUGAGAACUUGUGCCGAGAACACCAGUCCCACUUGAGCAGUAUCAUCACUCCCGAAGAGCAAGAGUUUGUCAACAACAAUGCACAAGACUACCAGUGGGUUGGCCUUAGUGACAGAGCUGUUGAAGAUGAUUUCCGCUGGUCUGACGGUCACUCCCUUCAAUAUGAAAAUUGGCGGCCCAACCAGCCUGACAACUUCUUUGCCAAAGGAGAAGACUGUGUCGUAAUGAUUUGGCAUGAGAAGGGCGAGUGGAAUGACGUCCCUUGUAACUAUCACCUUCCGUUCACCUGCAAAAAAGGAACAGUUGUUUGCAGGGAUCCCCCCAUGGUUGAGAAUGCCAGGCACUUUGGCAAGAAGAAAGACCGCUAUGAGAUCAACUCCAUGGUGCGAUACCAAUGCAAUCAAGGCUACGUACAGCGCCACGUGCCCACCAUUCGGUGUCAACCCAAUGGGCACUGGGAAGAGCCACGGAUAGCCUGUAUAGAUCCCUCCACCUAUAAGCGCAGACUACAUAAGAGAAGCCCACGGACUCGAUCGAGGACCAAUGGCGGAAUGGCACAGAGAACCACCCAUUAAAAGGAAGGAGAGCAAGAGAUAAGACACAGAAAGAGAGAACGAGAGAGAGAGAUUGAGAGAGAGAGAGAAAGAGAGAGAUAAAAAAUUUAUGGAACAGUUAUAUUAACAGACGCUUGUUGCUUUUUGUUGUUGUUGUUGUUGUUAUAUAAGGAAAAAAAUAUAUUAAAGAAAAAAAUCCAAGUUGUGUAUAUGUAAAAAACAAAAACAAAAACAAAAAAAGAGGGAAGGAGGGAGGGAGGGAAAAGACAGCAAAGCAAAAGCCAUUGGGAUUCCAGCAUUUUUAUUUUAUUUUCUACUCACUGCCUGGAUCCAAAUAUCUUUGUGCCUUAGGAGGGGAGGGGAGGGGACGGGGAGGGGCACAGGAGGGCGAGGGUUAAGUUAAAUAAUGAAAGCAGAGUGUUAUUUUUGUUGUGGGCGUGGAAGGGAGUGACCUGAUAUUGUAUUGUCGAAGGCUUUCAUGGCCGGAAUCACUGGGUUGUUGUAGGUUUUUUCGGGCUAUAUGGCCAUGGUCUAGAGGCAUUCUCUCCUGACGUUUUGCCUGCAUCUAUGGCAAGCAUCCUCAGAGGUAGUGAGG